AUGGGCCACAGCUAUGGAGCAGCGAAGCAGAACGCCCCGACCGAGAGCGAUUUCCGCGCUGUGGCCGCCGUCGUUCAUGGCCACGUGGGUGGAGACGCCCUGAUCAGCGCUGUCGAGAAGGACAUCAUCGGGUUCUGCCCCGAACUGGUCGAUUUCGUGCGCACGCUCGUCAGCUCAGCUGCAGCAGUUGAUUCGAGUUCCGCGCAGAAGGGUAAGGUGUCACUCGGGAAGUAA